AUGGGCCGCGUUGAAUUACUGCGAGUGCGUGAACUGGCAGAGCAGCCGCGAUAUGGCGCGUGCUGGUCUCGAGCGCUGGAGAAAAUCCACUUAAGCUGCAGAGACUUCAGUGAUGAUGUGCAGAGCAAGAUCGCGUUGUCCUUCACGCAUUGCCACCUGCAAAGGUCAGGUCGCACUUUCCCAGAGUGCCUGGAAGGUAGUGAUGUCAAAACAUGCACCCAAGGCAUGGACCCUGUGGCCUUCAACACCUACACUGAGUUUUUUACCCACGCACACAGCAUCUGUCAUUAUUUACAGAGUGAGCGCUGGCAACAGAGAGCCGAAAUCACUAUUCACAGGUUGACUGAGAGUUCGGCCGGUGUGGCAGAGCAGCUUGCCUCCACCCAGCAGAUGGCAGAAGAUCUGGUUGUUGCCCAGAGUGCAGCACUAAAAUCCCAGGAGAGCAUCCUUCGCAAUGGAGAAGAACUCAAGAGCACCCUGCAAGACUCAACUCAAGGCCUGAGAGAUGUGUUUGCAGAGAUGAGGCAUUCUGCUCAGGAGCAGCAGGUGGCAUUUGCGGAAAUCUUUAACCGUGUUGCUUUCCUCCAAAGCUUCAUCAUGUCCGAGACGCACACUUUCAGUUCCCUCUUCUACAAUGCUCUGGGCUUUGGUGCCUCUUUCUUUCUGACCUCUGUGCAGCGUACAGCCGGGGCCAGAUUUUUCCUUUUUGGACUUGUGGCUUUGAAUGUAUACCUAGAGAGGAUGAUAUGUAAGAUGGUGUUGGAAAAUGAGGACCCAGGUUAUCAACAGAUGGAGAGAAUCACCUUUUUAGUUGGGCUUCUAAGAAAAACGACGAUCCUGAUGGGUUGCCUUGUUCUGCUGUCCUUUGCUCUGCGUUACCGCAAUGUUGGUAGAGAGAGUCUUGAAAUUCUGAAGGAGCUAAAAGAGACCCGCUCUGAUCUUCAGCAGGCCUUGCAGAGAGCUGAAUGUCUCUCUGAAUCCGUUGACGAAAGGAAGAGGUCCAGAAGAAAACAUUGGGAAAGCAAAUGGGAAGAGAAAAGUGACAAUUUGGUUGUUUUGCAUCCCUCUAGCGUCGUGAGUGCCACCUUGUCGACAUUCUCUGGCCCUCAUGACAACAGGCAUUGUGACAGUUUUGGUCCAUCUCUGGUAACCCAGAGACCUUCAGAAGUCAUUAAGAAACGUCAGCGACGCUCCUCAGGGUCUCGUGUGCGGCCGUCCACUGCUGUAGUGUACAGUGUGCUGGUGGAAGACAAUCAGCCGAGGUAUAGCCUGAGAAGUCGGAAAUCCUUGUGUGGUCCAGAGGUUAGUGCGUUGAAGCACUGAUACAGAACAUCCGAAUAAAGUUUGAGUGAUUGGCAUCCAAAGAUCCAAACCAGUGAAGAGCAGAGAUAACACAAGAACUCAAAGUCAGAUCUUACAGAACGUUCAAAUACUUUUGAAGCAUGAGAACACAAGAACAUAUAAUCGUUUCUGAAUAUAUGC